AUGAGCGGCUACCAAAUGAGUAGCGAGUAUGAUCGCGAAGGAGAAUACCUUCGUCCAGAUUAUAAGCGUAAGGGAACAUGUGCACAGAUGUUUGCCACAAAGACACGCAAGGCAGUGUUGGCGGCAAUUAUUAUCGCGUUGAUUGUGACCGUUGGCCUCGUGGUCUACUUCACCACACGUGAUCGUCAUCACAAGAACAACGAACCAUCGUCCGAUGUCUACACGGACAUGCUGCUGCCCACCUGGGUUACGCCCACCAACUACCUGUUGCACGUCAACACGUAUCUCAACAACUUCACAUUCACUGGCGCCGCUGUCAUCACGAUCAACUUCACCCAGAAGAAGGACUUUGUCGUCCUUCACGGCGAGAACCUCAACAUCACAUCGAUCUUGCUUGCCCCAACCACUGCCGCCGACGCCGCCGCCUACCCCACCAGCUCGCAGGCACCAGAGGGCGCCUACGCACCCCUGCGCGUCACCUACGACACCAACAACACAUACUAUGUCAUCCAGUUCAAGGAGUUGCCCGAGUUGCUCGCUAAGGGCACCUUGUUCAACCUCUAUCUCCAGUACAAUGCCAACUUGACCGACAGUCUCAAGGGCUACUACAGGUCCAAGUACUAUGACCCCGGUGAGAAGUGGCUCGCCAUCACCCAGAUGGAGCCAACCGAUGCUCGUUCGGCAUUCCCAUGCUUUGAUGAGCCCGCCAUGAAAGCCAACUGGACUGUGUGGCUCGAUGUCGAUUCGACCUUCACCGCCCUCUCCAACAUGCCCGAGCUGUCCAGCGCCGACAGCGCACCAGGUCGCACAUUGGUCAAGUUCCAGCCCACACCCAAGAUGAGCUCAUACCUCGUGGCCUUUGUCGUCAGUCAGAUGACCCACACCGACGGAUUCUUGGAGGCCGAUGGAAGAAACAUCACAAUCCGUAUCUGGUCGUCCAACGCCCUUUCCACCGCCAGACAAUACCCAUUGGAGAUCGCCAUCAACUCGACCCGUUUCUACACCCAGUACUUUGGUAUCGAGUACGCUCUGCCCAAGAUGGAUCUCAUUGGUGUUGCUGAUUUCUCAGCUGGUGCCAUGGAGAACUGGGGACUGAUCACAUUCAGAGAGGUACUGUUGUUCUAUAACCAGGCCACUGCCAAUGUUAAUGACAAACAAUCUGUUGCUGAGGUCAUUGCUCAUGAGAUUGCUCAUCAAUGGUUCGGUAACCUUGUCACGAUGAAGUGGUGGAACGACCUCUGGUUGAACGAAGGCUUUGCCACGUUCAUGUCAUACCAAUGCUUGGAGGCCAUUUGCCCAGAGUUUGAUACACCAUCAGACUUCCUCAUUGACAUCAAGAGAUCUGGAUUGCAAUUGGAUUCAUCGUCAGCCACACAUCCAAUCUCAAACAACUUCAUUAAGGUCGUUGAUAUUGUCGCCUCGUUCGACUCGAUCACUUACAACAAGGGCGCAAGUGUGUUGGCUAUGCUCAACUCCUUGCUCAAUGAUGGCAAGACCAACCAAUUCCAGGUCGGCAUCCAAGCUUACCUCAAGAAGUUCAGCUACAGCAAUGCCGAGACCUCUGAUCUUUGGGCCUCGCUCACUGCCGCCACCGGUGGUGCCACCAACGUCUCGGUCAUCAUGGACGCCUGGGUCAACAAGCCCGGUCUGCCAAUGGUCAGCGUCUCAAGAAAUGGCGACACCCUCUCCCUCACCCAGGUCAGAUACAUCAAUGACAUCAAUGCCAACCCCAACGACACUACCGUGUGGCAGGUGCCACUCUCGAUCCAGACCAACUGCACCACCGUCGACUCACUCUUCGCCGCCAAGACUGGCAACCAGAACUCAAUCAACCAAUCAAUAGUGAACACACCAGAGCUGAUUGAUGUCAACAUUAGAAGGACUGUGUACACAUCCAUUGUUAGCAAUGGCAACUACCAGCAGUACAACUGGGUGCUUGGAAGAUACCUUAACACUGCCACUUCGAUCAAUGAGCGUGUUGAUGCUUUGGUCGCCCUCGGUUACCCCAAGCAAUCAUACCUCAUCCAGCAAUCACUGAACUACCUUGGAAACGGCACAAUCAGACUGCAGGACAUGAGCACACUGUUUGGAGCGUUGGCCGCCAACCCCGAGGCACUCGAUCGCACCUGGGCAUUCGUCCAGGAGAACUGGGACCAGCUGCCAGCCAAGAUGCAACCAGAGGUCUUGUUUACACUCAGUGGCAACUUUGACUAUCCACUGGCCUACACCCAAUUCGAGGAGUUCAUGAGCGACAAGCCCAACCUGCCCCAAGCAGCCGUCUACUACGUCCUCUCCACCAUCCAGAACAACAUCAACUGGAAGGCACAAUUCGCCCAGCCACUCUGCACCUACCUCUUUGGUCUGUCC